GCCAGCUGAAUACAUCAAUCAGAAAACUUCAGUCUGAUCAUAUUUUCCAGAUUCUUCGCUAUUUUUACUCAGAACCAAAGGUACUCUAUGUCCUAGAUUCGUACUAUAUUCCAAAGUUAACACCUUUGGAGCAACGUCUAUCUCACAACCAUGAGUCACCGCGAGCGACUCAAACGUCGGUGGCGCAGCAACUCUCCGCUACCAGCUAGCACGCAUAGCAUGCGUACUCGUUCAAAAACCCAACAUCUAUGUCGGAGAUGCCAAAAUGUCAAUCUCAACACCGCCUUCAGCAGAAAGAAAUACACUAAAAAGGGCACUAUAGUCUUUGACAUGGGAAACAUAAGCACAUGGAAACCUAACUCAUGUGCCUUAUGUGAGCUUCUAAUGAGUACUUUCCAGCCGAUUGAUCAUGAGUCGCAUAUUCUUAGAUGCUUUUCCAGCAGUACCAUCACAUUUGACCCUCGUUGGCAGUCCGUUGACAUAAAUGUGCUGUCACUGGAUCCGGACCCAGCCGAUCCUCCUAGAUUACUUGUUUCAAAGCUCAAAGAUGGUUCUGAUGUUGUUCGCAUCCUAGAUUCGACUAUUCAUUUUGAAGUAGUUCGGGAAUGGGUUAAUUAUUGUGACAAACACCACAUACACGACUGUGGCUUACCGGGAGGAUCACGCGCCGUAUGUUCUUUGGCAUCCUUUAGACUUAUCAACUGCAAGACGCGAAAAGUCAUUCGUGCCCCGAAGCAACCAUAUACCGCGCUAAGCUAUGUCUGGGGGAUUGGAGAGGGCCCUACGUUUUCGGAAGAACUCCCUGAAGAUGUAUCCAAUAUCAUUGAUGAUGCGAUAAAAGCCACGUUAGAGCUUGGCUUUCAGUAUAUGUGGGUUGAUAGAUACUGUAUCAACCAAGGGGCCCCUGAAGAGAUUGCUGAGCAAGUCCCUAAAAUGGAUUUGAUAUAUAAUUGCGCCGAAGUGAUUAUUAUUGCAGCUGCCGGUCAAGAUCCUAGUUAUGGUCUUCCUGGUAUCCGAUCUAGAAGUUUAACACAACCUCACGCGAAAGUCGGCGAUCAAUUUCUAGUGUCCACACUGCACGAGCCUGAUGACGAUAUCUUGUGGUCGAAGUGGUGGAGACGUGGCUGGACACUUCAGGAAGGUGUACUAUCACGUAGGCGAUUGGUGUUUACUGAUCACCAAGUGUAUUAUGAAUGCAGUGGUAUGUACUGUUUUGAGAGUUUGAGCUUUCCUCUCUCAAAACUCCAUACUAAGGAUCAACAACGAUUCAAAUCAGCAUUACUCAACGGCACGAAUAGUCGAAUAUUCCCACACAAGCUCGGAAAUACGGGUUGGGAAGUGAUAGAACAGAUUCAUGAUUAUACUGGAAGACUUUUAACCAAAGGUUCUGACAUCCUGAAUGGAAUCUUGGGUAUAUUAAGAGCCUUGGAACAAAGUCCACGGAGACUCAGACAUUGCUUAGGCGUCCCAGUAAUAUCGCGCCCUACUCGUCCUAAUAAUCGUCAACUCCAAUCCAAGUACGAUUCAAUGGUAUGGACACCUACAAUAGGACUUUGUCUUGGCCUUUGCUGGGACGUCCAUAAGCCAAGUACUCGACGGGAAGGUUUCCCCUCCUCGUCUUGGACUGGAUGGUACGGACAGAUCGAAUAUGUUUUUAGUCAGAAGGAAUGGAUAUAUUAUCAAGGGAAUCAGGAUAUGAAAGUAGACGUUCAGUUGCAAGAUGGGCGAAUGAUUUCUUGGGAUCAAUUCGAAACGGUGUAUGGCGAGGAAAGUCUACACAUAAGGCCUACGCUUCACAUCGCAACAUGGGUGAUUCCACUUGAGAUCUUAGGUGUAAAGGAGUUCUACGGCGAUCCUGAAGACGGAAGAGAGGUCGAAAUACCCAUAGAAGCACUCGUGAAAACAGUAGAUGGGCGCUCUUUACAGUGGUAUUUCCCGCCAAUGUCGGAUUUCUCCGAUUCCAUAUCUCCCUCUGGAAAAUGGAUAGCAGUGAAUUUGGCGCAAGAGAUUUAUUCCAAAGCUUACUUUAGAGGAAUCUGGGUAGUGAUUCUGUAUGAGAUGGAAUCGGGGGUAUACCAACGUGUCGGUAUCAAUAAGAUGGAAGCAGAUAACAUGAAUGAUCUUGAUCCUGAAGACGAAUCACGACAGCAGUAUCGAAAAUAUCAGACACCUUUGGACCUUAAAAGGACUGGUUGGAGUUUGAACUUGUUUGAGUUACGAGCGCAUUUCCGACCUAGGUCCCGCUUUACGGAUGACCAUUAAAGACAACUUAACAAUCGUUACAUCAGACAAAUCUCAAACCCGGAGCUUCAAAUGGCUGGAACAACUUUCAAUUGACUUCUAUUUUAGAGAUAACUACGAAAUUCUUGUACGUCUACCUAACUCGCGAGACACGUACAAGGAUAGGAUGCAACGAUGUGUGUUGGCAACGAAGGCUGACCUCAUUACGAUUAAACCG